ACAACGUAGUUUUCCAACCAAUGGAGAGGAAAAAGUGUCAGGUGCUUCCGGCGCUGACAAAGGUGUCCUUUAUAAUCGCAAGGCAUCUGGACUCGGAAAACCUGUACACGCAGUUUCUUACGCCUUCGGAGUCUCAGAUCUUCAAAGAUGCCGUGACUAAUUUUGACAAGUGGAGUCUCUUCAUCACGGCAACAGACCGAUUCGACACGGCUAAAGCAAACGGCGACGAUGAGUUACCAGGAAAUGAAUCCCAAUCCAGCACAAUGUCAGACGAACAAGUGGCCGCAUUCAGAGUACGAGCUAUGAUAUUCGACCAACUCGUUCCACAGCUUUACAAGUGCUCGAAACCAUGCUGUAAACACUCGAAUGCCAUAGACGAUAUUUUACAAGGUCUUUCGACCGACAAAUACGAUAAGAUUAUUGAAGGCUCGGGUGAUUUAGACGCAUCCAUACAGAAUCAAGCACCAGCUAUCGUCUUGCAACCCGCUAUGAAAACAAUUUCACAAAAUACCACUGAUGCGGCUGAUGAUGAGACAGCACCUCCAGCCGAUGAAUCCACUUCGGACGAUGCUCUAAUAUCUCCUCUGGAACUUUCGAAUGUACCUUUGAUGAAUGUGUAUCAUACUUUCGAAAAUGAUCUCGCCGCUAUGGUUGAGCAACGGAAACUGGAGGAAUACGAAGCUCAGGAAGAAAUGAAUGACAAAGAUAAUCCAUCUGACAAAACGAUAUCGAUUCUUAAUGCGAACUCAAAUUUCAGCUUGAAGUACUUGCUAGAAGCAAUCGAGCAGAAUCGAGCAGUAACAAAAUUAGGUGAUCGUGAGUUACGCAACUUAUUGACUGACGUUCGACCUCACCGUUCCAAAUGGGCGAACGAAGAUAAGCUUGGCCAAGAAGAAUUAUAUGAAUCAUGUGAAAAAGUCUUAAUGGAUCUUAAGAAUUAUACGGAGCACUCCACGCCUUUCCUCAAUAAGGUCAACAAGCGUGAAGCGCCGGAUUAUUACGAUGUGAUUAAAAAGCCAAUGGAUCUUGGGCUGGUUACCAAGAAAUUAAAGGCGUGUCAUUAUAAAAGCAAGAAGGAAUUUGCGGACGAUUUAUACCUUAUUUACGAAAACUGUCUUGUGUACAAUACAAAUCCUCAAGCGAGUGAAUACCGAAAACAUGCCAUUGCUAUGCGUAAGAAGACAGACAAACUGCUUGUUCAUGUUCCCGAUGUGAAUAUACGAGAUCGUGCCGAUGUGGAAGCAGAGGAUGAAGCCGAAGAAAGUGAUGGGCAUGAAACUGAUGAAAGUAGUCAUAAGGCUUCGCGCAAGGCUCCGGGAACUUCCAAGCAUUUAGCAAAUAACACUUCUGUGGAAAAGAAUGGAAGCGAUGUCCCUGUUUCUACCCCGAGUGAUCCAACACGAGAACCUAGUCUUGCGCCAUCGAACGACGGGUCUCAAGCUGAUCAUGAUAUGGAAGGCCAUGGCAAUGGGCAAGUCUCAUUGAAAGGCUUAUCUGGUGUUUCCCAUACAGAAAGCAACGGUGUCAUCGAUCGUGAUGAAGAAGAACGUAAUAUAAAUGCUGAGAUAGAGGCCAACAUGGGUAUACUGCAAGAAGAAAUUUGGCGGGAUCUUACUAAGAAGACUAGAGCGAAAGUUUCGUCGGAUGCUCAAAAGCAAUCCGAACUUCCCUUUGGCGACCGUACGGUCAUACAGCGCUCAUUCAUCGAGAUGAAACGGUUUAGUAUGAUGGAGCAAGCCCAUGAAUCACCCGAGACAAUUCGUAAAUUGAUUACAGCGAGUAAUGAUAGCAUUAUCCGCUGGAUUGAGCAGGGUAACAACGGCUUAUACGAAGACUGUGAUUCGGAUGAUGACGACAGCUUCGACGAUGGCUUUUUAUCACGACGAAUCGCCAACUCUAACAAAGCUCAAGUUGAUGAUAGUUCGCGAUCUGAUUUGUUCCUUCCUGAGUAUGCGGUCACCAGUGGAAUACCGGAGAUUAUCGACAUACCUGAAGAUAUCCCUGAUAAAGGAAGACGAGGCAGCAUCGAUGGUUUAGAGACUGAACAAGACUAUGGUUAUUCGGAUGUAUCGCUCGAUAGAUAUUCCACUGUGGCGAUACCAAAUCAUGGUACAUCAGAAAUGAUUGAUGACAACCUGCAAACUUUGAGGCAAAUUCGACGCGUGUAUGCCAAAUGUCUCGCUGUACGAAAUGAUGUGCCGAUAACUGCUAUGAAUACGUCACAAACCUAUCCUGAAGCUUCUCAAGUCGGUGAAGCUGAUGCUGCAUCUCCCCGCUCCAAUGAUGGUGCAUCAGCAGCGCCAUAUGGUGACGGUAGUGAAUGGUCCAGCCAAGUUGAUGAAAGCUUUAUACGCGAGCGGAAGGCGUCAGUUGACCAACAAGAACUUGUACCUUUGAUUCUCAACCAAGAUGCUAGUCAGGAGCUUAUGCAACGCACCGUUGUCAAGUUGAUCGAACAUGCCGGAUUUGAAGCUUCUCAAUCCAGCGCUUUGUCGGUUCUCAGUGAUGUAGCUACCAACUACUUUUCCAGUCUUGGUAAAACUUUGCGGGUCUACUGGGAUACAUACUGCAACAAAAUGAGUGAUGAGGAAAUCUUAACCCACACACUGUAUGACAAUGGUGUUAUAAGUAUCCAAGAAUUAGAGGAUUACAUUCAUGAUGAUAUUGAAAAAUACGGCCACCGCCUGAAUGAUAUUCAUCGAAAGCUGACUUCAUCCUACAAUGAAUUAAUCAAUGGCUCAACCGAUGUUCAACUUGGGGAUGACUCUCUCUUCCAAACAGAUGAUGCUUUUGUUAGUGGAGCGUUUGGUGAAGACAUUGGCGAAGAUUUCUUUGGAUUCAAAGAUCUGGGCCUGGAUAAAGAACUUAAUAUGGAUCGUUUAAGUGUCCCUUUUAAAUUAUGGUAUGGAAAGGAUAAGGUGAAGGCGCAGGCAACGGGACCAAAAUCCAAUGAGCCUGUAUUGGAACACCCACCGCCACCUCCCUUUGUCCGCAUUCGCACUAGGCGAACUCGUCCACGAUAUCCACCCAUCUCAUCUAAGACUGGAGCGCUGAACCGUAAGCGACCACUCAAGGAUGCUAAUGGAGAGAAUAAGAAGACGAAGAAAAAGAAGCCCAUGGAAAUACUACAAGCUGAGAGGGCGGAAAAGAAAAAGCUGAAAGAAGAGGCAAAGGCACAAAAGGUAGCAGAGAGGGAGCAAAAGAAAAAGCUGAAGGAGGAAUUAAAGGAACGAGAUCGCCUAGCUAAGCUGGAAGCGAAACGAGAAAAGGUAUAGAGAUUCAAUUCUUUAGACUGCUCUUUUAUCCCUACUCCAUGCCAAUGGCUUCUCCUAUUCGAUAGGCUAGUAAGAAAAGCGGU